UCACUUAAUGAUAUGGACAGCCUCCUCUUUCAGUUGGCUCUUCAAACUCGGGAGCUUGUUCAGAAGAAGCAUGAAAUUAACCAACAAAUUAAAGUUUGCAGGGUCAACAUUGCUGAGAGGAGGUCUUGCAUUGAUACAAUGCACCAAAACAUCACAAAGCUUGAAGAGGAAAUCAAUGCGAUGCAGAGCACUGUAAUGCAGAAUAAAGUCAAUGCAAAGAGCAUGAAAGCGACCAACUGCCUCCUGCUUCAGUAUGAGCAGACACUGAAGGCGGAACUGGAGAGUAGAAGAACCAGAUACUUGCACGACCUGGAAGUCUAUGAAGAAAAGAUGUCAAGUUGUAGAAAGACAUUUCAGUCACACAAGGAGUAUUAUUUACAAGAACCCCUUGCUCAAGAGCUCCUUAAGCUACAAACGGAGAAAGAAGAGAUUGAGCACAGAAUCAAGACAUGUGAUGAUCACAUAGCUGGGAAACAGAAGGAGCUGGACCUUCUCACUGCUCCAGCAGUGAGCUGUGUUUCCACUGAGACGCCUCCAGGCAGUGAUUUUGGCCAGCAGCUGAUAACAGAAGAACAGACAAAGAUGGACAGUGAUUCUUCUAUUGAUAUCUCAUCUCUUCAUCUCAGCCAGACCGCUUGUGGUCACAAAGCUCCUGCAGAGGCAAAUGCUGAGGACAUUCCUGAACAGGAUACGGUCCAGGAUUCUCCCACAAGUACUUCCCCUGACAAAGCCAGUAUUGACAAGUGGUCCUUUGAGCAGAUCAAUGAACAAAGUCACCCAGAUGAAAUGAACACUGAGACACCAGAACUGGGAACUUCACAAGAGGACCAGGGCGAACAGCCCCCUGUGUCAGCUUUAGCUACUGUCGAGGAUGAGAUUAAGCAAAGAGCAGCUGUAGAUGAGGAGCAGGCACCAAGUGAGAGUGCAGCCCAGGGAAAUGCUGCUUCUCCUCCGACAGCUUUGGAAAAAGCUCAUCCCCAGUCUCUCCCAGAGAAACCAACGGCCGCUCCGUCAACCCCAACUUUUGCAUUUAACUUUAGCCCCAGCGCUUCCCAUGGGGGGGGCUCUGAUGCUAAAUCUCCAGCCUUCCUUUUCUCUCUGAGCUCCGACCCGAGCACACCAGGCUUCUCUGGAUUUGAUGUUGGCUCAUCAAUGGAUGAGGACUCGUCUUUCGCUUUCGCUGGUGCCUUUUUCAGCGAGAAGAAAGCCACAGAGGUCAAGCCUUCAAGCUGCCCUGAAUUCCUGUUUGAUCAAGCAGAACAAAGUGAAGACUUUCAGUUUGCCUUUCCUGCCAAGAGCCCUCAGUCAGCCAAUAACAAAAGCACCAGGGAUGAGUUUCCAUUUUCCUUCAACUUCUAA